GUGAGCGGGUAACGGUGCGCUUUCGGUGUUAGAAUCCCGAGGCUGAGGAGCUGAGACGCGCGCCCGCACCCGCACCCGCACGCACGCACAGGUUUCGGGGGGGGGGGUCUCGGAGGCACCCUGGCUAUGGCGGCGGCGAUCGCCAGCUCCCUGAUCCGCCAGAAGAGACAGGCGAGGGAGCGCGAAAAAUCAAACGCCUGUCGAUGCACCAACAGUCCGAGCAAAGCCAAAAGUCCAUGUGAGAAACCCAGCCGCCUUAGUGUCUUCUCCCGGGUCAAACUCUUCGGUAACAAGAAACGGAGGAGGAGGCGACCAGAGCCCCAGCUGAAGGGGAUCGUGACGAAGCUGUACAGCCGGCAAGGCUUCCAUUUGCAGCUUCAGGCAGAUGGAACCAUUGAUGGGACUAAAGAGGAGGACAGCAGUUUCACUAUGUUCAACCUCAUCCCAGUGGGUCUGCGAGUGGUAGCCAUCCAGGGCGUCCAGACCAAACUCUACCUUGCCAUGAACAGUGAAGGCUACCUGUACACAUCAGAACAUUUUACUCCAGAGUGCAAAUUUAAGGAGUCGGUGUUUGAGAACUACUACGUGACGUACUCGUCUAUGAUCUACAGACAGCAGCAGUCAGGCAGGGGCUGGUACCUGGGCCUGAACAAAGAGGGUGAAAUCAUGAAGGGAAACCAUGUAAAGAAGAACAAGCCUGCUGCACAUUUCCUUCCCAAACCAUUGAAAGUGACCAUGUAUCGGGAGCCUUCUCUGCAUGACCUGACUGAGUUCUCACGCUCUGGCAGCGGUACGCCCACCAAGAGCCGGAGCGCGUCAGCCGUCCUCAACGGAGGCAAAGCUGUAAGUCAGCACGAGUCCACGUAGCCCAGCUGCUCAGGCCCGGCCCGCUUACCCUGCGCCUUCACCGAAACCUCCGGACGCUCGUGACUUCACGCAAACUUCUCUUCAAAGGAAAUUCUAACUAAACAAAAACAAAUAAAAGAAACUCUUUGUGGUUCAGGACAAAGACGACUAACGGCAACACAGUGCAAGUCAACACAUUUUGAUUGGUUUUUGAAUUGGAUUGCUGUAAAUUAGUAAAGGAGUUUGACCUUUUCAGCACAGUAACAAGCAAACUAUGAACUUUGUAGCCUUUGAUAUGGUGGGCCAUUCAGUACAGUAUCUCUCAGGUUGGAUCUAGUUGCUUCUGAGUUGGAUUUCCUUUUUUUUUUUUUUUGUUCCUUUACGAUCACCAGUGAUGCAAUCGAGGGUUCCAGUAGCGAGAUGCCCCAGCCCUCUGUGUGUAAAUCGGUCAUGCAUUGAGGCAGACCAUAAUACUCCAUCCUAGUGCAAGUGCACUUGCUCUGAGGAUAAUUUUUCAGGUGUGCCAUAUCUUGGAAUCAGCAUCAAGAGGUAUGCAUCUCACCCCCUUACUAAAGGCUUCAAUUAGCCGUUUAUAACGUUUAUGAAUAUUCAGUCCUGCGUCACCCCUUCAUAUCAGUGUUCUUCAGAGCUCGGUCAUUGAAAGGAGAUUCCAGCACACCAAAGAAUGACGUGUAAGAAUCCCUUUAAGAUCGGUAAGCAUGCCAGUAUAUAUAAAAAUGACAGAAAGUGAUAACACGUUUAUGUUUUUUGUGAGGAAAGCUGUUUGAGGUGGGCUUCUCGCGUACAGGUGAGGGCUCGGUGUUCUAAAAGUCAGUGCUUUUGCUGAUGUGUGCGGUACAAAUACUGGCAUGUCCCUUUCAUGUCUUUCCUGGUUUUCAAUGUCUGUGUCAAAUCCCUCUUUAGUGCGUCCGCAUCGCCUGCUUAUGUGUGUUCUCUCUUUCGUCUGAAGGUUGGUUGUCCGUACUAAUGGCUUCCAAGAUGAGUUAUUCGCCCCAUUUCGUAACCCUGGUUUCUAUUAUGUGUACGAGUAGUUUAUCGUGGUGGUGGUGGUGGUUUUUCUAUUUAAAGAAAAGACAUUCUGUUGAAUUUUAGGUGGCUUAACAUUUUAUAGGAUACGUCUUAUUUGUAAAAGUGAACAAAGAAAACUUUCUUGUACAGGGCAUGUAAAUCAAGUUGUGUACAAUGAGGACCCUUUUGUGGGCUACUGUAUGUCCUCUUUUUCUCUUCGGGUGGGCUGUUCUCUCAGCUGUAUGCUUCCGGGGUUUUCUGCAUUGUUUUUUUUAAGGUGAAAAUAUCUGUUGCAUGGGAGACAUUGGGAACUGGAGGACUAGAGCUGCAUGAUUUAGGCUAUGUGUAUUUACCCCAUGUUGGAUUACGUGUUCUAAACUACCAGGAUACAACGAGAAAACAACCAUGUCUCUAUGGGCUCUGUGCCCGGUACCUUCCAGUUGUUUCUUAUUUGUUGUACACACAAAAUGCACUGAAUAAAAUGUUUAUAUUAUGCUAUACUUUUAAAA